AUGUAUCAAUGUGAUAAAUGGUCUUACGGUUCACUGGAUGUUCAAACUACAAAACCUACAAUAGUACAGGAGAGAGUGAUGGAUAAUAAUGAAUUUAUAAUAUACACCCAAACAUAUAAACCUGAUUACAGAAAAAUAUUUACUGAUGGAUCGAAAUCUGAAGACUCUACUAAAGCGGCAUAUUUUGACUCCUUUACUAAAACUGGACAAUGCUAUGUACUAGAUCAACAUUCAUCGGUUUUCACUGCGGAAGCAUAUGCAAUUUUUAAAGCUUUGAAAUAUGUACAAGACAUAGAAAAUUCAAGACGAUUUCUAAUAAUAACGGAUUCUCUAAGUGUAUUGACAUCCUUAGAUAAUUAUAAAAUAAGCUACAAAGAUAAUUUAUACAUUUACUUAAUAAGAGAAAUUUUAUAUGACAUGAAAUUGUACAAAGUUAUAGAGUUCAUGUGGGUUCCAUCUCAUGCUGGUAUUACUGGAAAUGAAGUUGUAGACAGAAUGAUGAAGAUUAAUGAACUGGAUUGUCAUUUGGAUUUAUCGCCAGUGCCAAUAACUGACUACAAUGCAUUAAUUAACAGAAGGAUGUUUAGUAAUUGGAAUAGAAAAUGGGCAGAAACCAAAAUGAUAAAAGGAAAAUGGUAUGCUGAUAUACAGAAAGAAAUUUUUGGAAAACCAUGGUAUUUCAAAUUACAAGAACCAUCUAGAAGAUACAUUACAACGAUUAAUAGAAUUCGUAUGGGACAUGGGCAGUUUCCGGCUCAUUUGCAUAGAAUAAAAUUGAGAUCUUCUUCAAAUUGUGACUACUGUACAGCAGAAAAUGCCGAUUUACAACAUAUUAUAAUGGAAUGUCCAGCAUUUGUUUAUUUACUGAUGUAA